AUGCAGUGUGUUGGGCCCGAGCACAGUCCGACAACUCCUAGAAAACAUGUUGCAGGUUUACCAGACUAUGGAUGGCGUGUACCUCUGACCUACAACUGCAAUGUUAAGUGCACUCCAUUCUCCAAACCUAGGAUUAACCAGAUUCCUCAGUAUAUUGGACUUGGUUUAAGAUAUGCUAAAUUCUGGGUUGGAAAGAAAAGGCAAGGAAGACGUCCUUUUAUUGAUCACCUUAAUCAAAUGAAACACAAACCAAUUUAUGGAUGUCCAUUAGGUGGUAUUGGCAGUGGGACAAUUGGUAGAGGCUACAGAGGUGAAUUUUGCAGAUUCCAGAUGGUUCCAGGCAUUUAUCACUAUCAUGUAGUGGAUGCUGAUCAGUUCAUAGUUUGCAUCAGGAGAGGCAAUGAAACAGUGUAUCAGAAGGUUUUGUCAUGUGUGCCAAGGAAAAGAAGAAGAGCACUAAAAGCUUGGGACUGGACCUUUCCUGCAGAAGAUGGUCUUUAUCAUGCCCUCUACCCCCGUGCUUGGAGCAUUUUCACAAUCCCAGAAUUGAAUGUCACGCUCGUUUGCAGGCAGAUAUCACCAAUCUUUCCUGAUGAGUACUUGGAAACAAGUUUACCAGCUGCUGCGUUUGUAUGGGAAGUGAUCAAUGAAAGUAGUGAAGAGCUCCAGAUCAGCAUUUGCCUGACAUUUAAGAAUGGUCAAGGAACAAAAGAUGAUAGUGCCGGUGGGGUCUGGUGUCAGGGAUUCAAAUUAGACUGUGACGGGGAUGAUGAAGCCAAAGGAGCAGUUAUCCACCAGCAUUUCAAGGGCAUGAAAUGCUCAUAUGGCAUUGCAGCAAAGCAGACUGAAUCUGUUACAGUAAGUGUGAAGACACAGUUUGAUCCUAAAGGCACCGGUGCAGAACUUUGGCAGUGCUUAUACAGCAGUGGACACUUAGAUGCAGAAUUAAAAACUGAUCCAUCACCUCCUACCAGCAAAGGCCAAGAAGUAGCCAGUGCUGUCUGUGCCAGUCAGACUGUGCCAGCAGGUUCAGCACGUGUCUAUGAGUUUGCACUGAGCUGGGACAUGCCUUAUAUUCAGUUUGCUGCCAAGGAGAAUACCUAUACGAGACGUUAUGCCCGUUUAUUUGGUACUAGUGGAGCUGCAGCCUCCAAGCUGUGUGGUCAUACAUUGAGAAACUAUCCUCUGUGGGAAACAAAGAUUGAGAACUGGCAGAAUCCAGUUUUACAGAGCCACUCUCUGCCAGCAUGGUACAAAUCUGCUGUUUUCAAUGAGCUCUACUACAUCAGUGAUGGUGGCACCAUUUGGAUUGAUAACCAGAAGGGGAGUAAUACAGAGUCCCAUCAUCCUACUGUACAGGAGUAUGGGAGAUUUGCUUACCUUGAAGGUCAAGAGUACAGAAUGUUCAACACUUAUGACGUACAUCAUUAUUCUUCCUUUGCUUUGCUCAUGCUGUGGCCACAGCUUCAACUGUCUCUGCAGUACGAUUAUGGUGACACUGUUACUGUAGAAGACACAGAAAGGGUAACAUUUCUUAUGGCUGGAGAAAAUGGGAUCCGGAAAGUGGCAAACUGUAUACCACAUGAUAUUGGAGAUCCUGAGGAUGAGCCCUGGAAACGAGUGAAUGCUUACAACAUUCACCCAACAGAUGACUGGAAGGAUCUCAACAUGAAAUUUGUGCUGCAGGUUUACAGGGACUUCAGUGCAACUCAGAAUCUGGACUACCUCAAAUUUAUGUAUCCAAAGUGUAAGGUUUUAAUUGAAUCAUCCAAAAUCUGGGAUUCUGAUGAUGAUGGGCUUAUAGACAAUGGUGGCUUUGCUGACCAAACAUUUGAUGCAUGGGUUAUGAAGGGAGCAAGUGCAUACUGUGGAGGUAUGUGGCUAGCGGCUCUGCGAAUGAUGGUUGAGAUGGCCAGAGAGCUCGAUAUACAGGAGGAUGUAACUGCUUAUCAGGAGAUGCUAGACAAGGGAAAAUACUCUUUUGAAAAGAAACUUUGGAAUGGUUCCUACUACGAUUAUGACAGCAGCACAAGUGGUCACCACGACAGUGUUAUGGCAGACCAGCUAGCAGGCCAUUGGUUCUUGAAGGCUUCAGAUCUAGCAGAUGAAACAGUGUUUCCUGCUGAUCAUGUGAGGAAGUCAUUGCUGACCAUCUACAAAAAUAAUGUGAUGGGCUUCCAAGGAGGCUACAUGGGGGCAAUCAAUGGCACACGACCUGAUGGGAAGAUGGACUUGAGUUCACCCCAAUCUGAGGAGUUCUGGUCAGGCAUUACAUAUGCAUUGGCUGCUACUAUGAUUCAAGAGGGUCUCCUUGAGGAAGGUUUCCGCACAGCCUAUGGAACAUACCAUACAUGCUGGGAAAUUCUCGGCCUGCAUUUUCAGACUCCUGAGGCAUACACUUUAAAUCGUGGUUACAGGUCUCUGGCAUACAUGAGGCCUUUGGCAAUCUGGGCCAUCCAGUGGGCUUUAGAAAAGUUCCACCCCAAUCUGUUAGCUCCAGCUUCUGGAUCUCCAGACGAUGCACAGUCAGACGUUGUAGAUUAUCAGCUUUCUGAUUCUUUGGCAAGGGACAUUACAAUACAGGAUGGUAAUGAUUCUGGUGAUUUCUCUUUUACAAGAGAAGCUACAUUGAAAGAUGAUAAUGUUAAUGAUUUGUCUUUCACAAAGGACAUUACUGCAAAAGAUAAUGAAGUGGGUGAUUUAUUUGUGCUAAGUGACAUAAGAAAAGGUGGUGAAGUUUGGGAGACAUCCUUGUCAAGAGAUGUGGUUAAUGAUGAUGAUAAAAUCAAUGGUCAUGCUAUAGCAGCGCAGGAUAGAGUGGAAUGUUUGGACACUACUUUAAAUGACGCCUCCGGUGUUAUUCGAAGUAACAUUUCUGAAGCAGUGUUUUCUUUGAAGAAUGACAGCAUUAUUGACUCUGUGCUUGAAGAUGUACGAAGCACAGAAACUGGUUUCUUAUCUGAAGACGCUGGGAAAAUUGAAAGCACUAUUGAAGAGACUGGGAACACUGAAAGCAUUACUGGUGCAACUGAAGAGACUGGGAACACUGUAAGCAUUAUUGGUAUAACUGAAGAGAAACCAUCAGCAUUUGACAGAACCAACUGA